UCUAGGAAGCUGUCCCUGUCUGGGCAGGACAGAGGCCUGGCGCUGGGCUGGGCUGAGCUGAGCACGGCACCCUGUCCACAGGUUUGUACACACCUUGCCACAGCAGUGUGGAGAGGCCUAGGGAGCCAGGCCAGCAUGGUGGAGUUUGCUCCCUUGUCCGUGCCUUGGGAGCGCAGGCUGCAGACACUGGCAGUCCUACAGUGGGUCUUCUCCUUCUUGGCCCUGGCCCAGGUCUGUGUGGUCAUCUUCAUAGGCCUCCUCUUCACAAGGUUCUGGCUCCUCACCGUCCUGUAUGCCACCUGGUGGUACCUGGACUGGGACAAGCCGUGGCGGGGCGGCAGGCCCAUCCAGACCUUCAGGCGCUGGGUCAUAUGGAAGCACAUGAAGGACUAUUUCCCCGUCUCGCUGGUCAAGACUGCUGAGCUGGACCCCUCCAAGAACUACAUUGCGGGCUUCCAUCCCCACGGAGUCCUGGCAGCCGGAGCCUUUAUCAACCUGUGCACUGAGAGCACGGGCUUCUCCUCGCUCUUCCCGGGCAUCCGCCCCCAUCUGAUGAUGCUGAACCUGUGGUUCCGGGCCCCCUUCUUCCGAGAUUACAUCAUGUCUGGGGGGCUGGUCACAUCAGAUAAGGAGAGCGCUGCUUACAUUCUGAACAAGAAGGGCAACGGGAACCUGCUGGCCAUCAUUGUGGGGGGCUCCCAGGAGGCACUGGAUGCCAGGCCCGGGGCCUUCACGCUGCUACUGCGGAAUCGCAAGGGCUUUGUCAGGCAGGCCCUGAUUCAUGGGGCAGCUCUAGUGCCGAUCUUCUCCUUUGGGGAGAAUAACCUAUUUGACCAGGUGCAGAACUCUUCUGGCUCCUGUUUGCGCCGAGUCCAGAAUCGGCUGCAGAAGAUCAUGGGCAUCUCCCUCCCCCUCUUCCAUGGCCGCGGCAUCUUCCAGUACAGCUUUGGUUUCCUGCCCUACCGCCAGCCCAUCACCACCAUCGUGGGAAAGCCCAUCGAGGUGCGGAAGAUACUGAGGCCCUCAGAGGAGGAGGUGGACCAGCUCCACCAGCGCUAUAUCAAUGAGCUAUGCAACCUCUUUGAGGCCCACAAGUCCAAGUUCAACAUCCCUGCUGACCAACACUUGGAGUUCUGUUGAACACCUCCAGCCAGGAGGGAGGUUGCUCCCAGGGCAAACCAGCAUUUGGGAGCCCAGCCAGAGUGCUGGAACCUGAGGAGGCAUCCUGCAUGUGUUUUGAACACAUCUCCAGAGCUUCCCCAGGCUUCUACAAGUCCAACCACAGCUGGCAACGUGGAAGAGGAGACCAGACUGAAAUCUGUGAUUUGCACUUCUACAGCCAAAGCUCUGCCAGUCUCCCUCUCCUUGGCCUCUGGAUGCUCAUCUAUGAAACGUGAGAGAGAACUGGAAGAAAAUGACUCCUGAGGGCUCUGUCCUCUCCUGUAAUGUCACUCAAAGACUACAAAAGAGCAUGUAGGGAAAAAGAGUAACGAGGCUUUUCUUCCUCUACGCUUGAGUAACAGCACAAAAGAAGCUCCCAGCUCCAGCCCUUUCCCCUAUCUGCCCCCUUGUAUCACACCCUGGAUGUCCCUCCCUCCCCCAGCUGGAGAGAAGGUGGUGAGCAGUGAGUCCCUGCACUCACCCAAUGCACCUUCAAGUUUCUGGACCCUCUGAGCUGUGGAGUGGCAGCCAGAGGUUAUUGGAAUAUGGGCAAAGAGAAUUCCACCGUCACUGACUGACUGUGACUGGGGGCAGGCCUCUCCUCCCCCCGCCCUCUGAGCCUCAGUUUCCCCAAAUAAGACCUUUGAGUCUCGGUUUUGACAUCGCAUAAUUUGAGAACUCCAGGAGGACUCCUCUUGCUCAUUCUUUGUAACUUCAGACCUUGGCACAAAAGGAGGGACCCAACAAAUGUCAGUUCAAUAAACUAAAGCAUUCUAUUUUA